GCGAAGCGUUGCGCGUGAGCAGAAAGAAGCAGUGCCCUAGAUCUGCAAAGCAUCUGUACCAUCCAGUCCUUCAUUGGAGUCAGUUCCUCACCCCGCAUUGGAAAGAAAACUAACAAAAACGCACCCGCUGGAUGUGUACGCUCGUGCGUAAAUGGAGACGUUUGUGCGCACUGGCCGCGUCUUUUGAACAUGCGCUCAAUAAACCAUGUUAUUUUUCCCGUCACUAAGUCUCGUCCUGUCCCACACUACUGCUAUAUGCUCCAUAGACUUCCUCAUACUUCAUAUCUACCAUGAGUGAUGGCGCUGCCGACAGAGUCCUACAGUACCGGUGCGCAGAGCGGCUCCUGUGAGAAAGGCUUUGGCGCACCGGAUUGCAAUGGUUAUGUGAAAACACGUGCUGUCCCACUGUGCCGUGAGCGCCACUAUGAGACGUGGGUGAGGCUAAUGCGCACGAGGAUAUGGAGCUCUCGGAGACUUGUGAGCGCAGUGUGCGUGGGGACGCUCUCCGUGUUUGUCGGCGCGCUGCUCAAAGAGUGGAGAGCUGAGGCCAGCGGCGGCGGCGCUGACGGCGCACUCUCCCAGCCUCCGUCCCCGCUGGUCUUUGUUGCGGGCUGCGCGGCGGAGCUGCUGCAAACUUGCUGGAGCGCACUCUCGCUGCUGUUCACUCUUGUCUGUGCCUUCUUCUGGGUCGGCGUGUACUUGAUCCGCUGCGGGGUGCUGAUCCAGACCGCCCUCUCGCUGCUGACCUUGUGCCACCUGGGCGAAGUGGCGGCGUGGUCUCUGCUGGACGGGACGGAUGAGCAGCUGUUUUCCUUCCCCACAGCGGCCGCGCUCGUGCUCGUCUGCCUGGCCGCGGGCGCACUCAUGGUAGCGCGGCUGAACCAGGGCACCUCGGUGAUCGUUUUCAUCAGCGUCGUCCGGACCAUCUCCCUGCUCUCGCUGCAGAAAGUGCGGGCCACUUGGAGACCGUACGUCGCGUACCUGGUCGGAGUGCUGGGCAUCCUGCUGGCGAGAUAUGCUGACAGGCUCCUGCCUAACCAAGGGAGACACAAGGAGGGCUGCACCCCCGUGACUGGAGCCAGGGAAGAGGUCCCUGUAUUUAAAAGGCGCAGGAGGUCCAGUUCUGUGAUCGCCUCAGACAUGGCGCACAGUCAGCCCAACAGUAAGUCCCAUCGCAGGACAUCUCUGCCGUGCAUCCAGAGGGACCAGAUGCUGUCCCGCUCCGACUGGGACCACAAGAGAGGCUCUAGAGGAUCCCAGUCAUCAGGCACGACGGUCAUGGUGGACAUAGCAGUGAUGGGGGAGGCUCACGGACUGAUCACAGACCUGCUGGCGGAUCCCUCUCUGCCACCCAACACCUGCACCUCCCUGCGGGCCGUCAGCAACCUGCUAACCACCCAGCUCACCUUCCAGCCGCUGCAUCGACCACGCCCUGCCCCUCUGCUGAACCCGAGUGAUGCCUACACCUGCUCCGACUCAGAGGAGGGGCCUGAGAAGGGAGAGAAAACAGCCAUUCACAAGCGUCUCAGACGGAGUCUCCACCCGGGUCUUCUGAGGAGAAUCUCCUCCACGUGGACGACCACCACUUCAGCCACAGGACUGCCCACCAUUGAGCCUGGGCCGGUCCGGAGAGACCGCAGCGCCAGCAUCAAACCCUACCACGAAACCCUCACCUGCAGUUGUGGGAGACCGUAUAUCAGACUGAGCCAUGGAGAGGGGUCUGUCGAUAAGGGAGACAGGAUACCACGGUCAGCAGAGGACCAAGUGGUUGUAUCUUCAGACUACGACAGCGCGCAUGAAGCCAACCACAGUGACAGCAGUGAUGUAGCACAUACAGAGGAGGACUCAGAGGAAGGGAAGAACUCCCAAAACGUCAUCCUCCAUACACUAAUACCUCCGGAGGACAAACCCAUUCUGGCCCCAGAGCCGUUACUGAUGGAGGGCCUGGAUCCUUUGCUUGAUCAGAUAAACAGCUGGAACUUCCCCAUCUUCACCAUGAUGGAGAAAACCAGCGGAAAAUGUGGACGAAUCCUCAGUCAGGUUUCUUACAGGCUCUUUGAAGACACCGGCUUGUUUGAGACCUUCAAGAUCCCCGUAAAAGAGUUCAUGAACUACUUCCAUGCCCUGGAGAGUGGUUACAGAGACAUACCAUAUCACAACAGAGUCCACGCCACAGACGUGCUUCAUGCGGUCUGGUACCUCACCACGCAGGCUGUGCCCGGGCUGCCCAGCCUCCUCGCAGAUCACGGCUCUGCCAGCGACUCAGACUCCGACAGUGGAAUAACACACAGUCACAUGGGCUUCCUGGUUUCUAAGACCUACACUGUGUCAGAGGACGGUUACGGCUGCCUGUCCAGCCUCAUACCCGCUCUGGAGCUCAUGGCUCUGUACGUGGCAGCUGCAAUGCACGACUACGACCACCCAGGGCGGACCAACGCCUUCCUCGUGGCGACCAGCGCCCCACAGGCGGUGCUCUACAAUGACCGCUCGGUUCUGGAAAACCACCACGCUGCCUCGGCUUGGAACCUCUUCAUGUCACAUCCCGAGUACAACUUCCUGGUCAACCUGGACCACGUGGAGUUCAAGCGUUUCCGCUUCCUGGUCAUAGAGGCCAUCCUGGCCACCGACCUGAAGAAGCACUUUGACUUCCUCGCUGAGUUCAAUGCCAAGGUGGGAGAUGACCCAACAAACGGCAUUGAUUGGUCGAAUGAAAAUGACAGGUUGCUGGUCUGCCAGAUGUGCAUUAAGCUGGCAGACAUCAACGGCCCCCUGAAGUGCAAAGACCUGCACCUGCAGUGGACGGAGGGCAUCGUCAACGAGUUCUACGAGCAGGGCGAUGAAGAGUCGAGUUUGGGCCUUCCUGUCAGCCCGUUCAUGGAUAGAAAAGCACCACAGCUGGCCAAACUUCAGGAAUCCUUCAUCACACACAUCGUCGGACCCCUUUGUAACUCCUACGACUCAGCUGGACUCAUUCCUGGGAGGUGGGUGGAGCCUAAUCCAGAUGAAGAAGACGCAGAAGCUGUAGAAAAUGAUGAGGAGGAAGAGGAUACUGUAGAGGAAGAUGCAUCCUCCAGCUCAGAAGUUUCGCAGAAAGCAGCUCUAAAGAAGAGGAGGAAAGUGUUCUGCCACAUCACCCAGCAUCUCCUGGAGAACCACGAGAUGUGGAAGAAGGUGAUCGAAAAGGAGGAAGAGGAGGCCCAGAGCGCAGGCCAAGGGACCGAUUCUGUCCAUUUAAACAAUGUAGCUGAACCUAUUCUGGUUAUUGAUGAGGAGGAGGAGGAAUCAGGAAGCAGAGAGGAGCAGGUGGAAGGAGAGCGUCCAGAGGAAGAAGCAGAGGAACCCGCGUGGUCACAGAGAGAAGACUCUAAACCUCAAGAGGAACUCAACCAGGAGGACCCACAGUGAAAGAGCAUCAGUCAGAAAACCAUGUGAAAAGUAUUACUUUUGUUUUGUUUUUUAAAAACAGUCAACUGACUCCUAUUUCUGCCAGUACAUCACUUAGACACAACACUGUAGAUGUUUGGGAAAUGCGUGCCUAUACAGAAAAACAAGAAGACAGGGUGGGAUCUCUUGUGCUUUACACAUUUAACCGAAUUAUACGGAUUCAUGAGAGGCUUUCUUUUUUGCAAUAAUGAAACAUUCGUGGACUUUGGGAUAUUUUUCUUACUUGUCAAGAGGAAAAGAACAUGUGGUAAAAGAAAACUGCAUACAUUUGCUGCCAAUUCACACAUAAUUGUUAAUCAAUUGAGGAUAUACAUAGAAAAUCACAGUUAUUUGUGUUCAAAUUUCAUAUUUUUUAAGGCUAAAGUGGGCCUGAGUGUAUUUUUUUUGUCUCCAUUUUACUUUUGGGAUUAUAAAGGGAGCUAAUCAGCUGAGGAACAAUCUUCUUUCAACUUGUGACACAGGUGGGCUAAAGCAUCCAAAAUCAAACAUGUUGUCAAAUGAUAAUAUAUGGUGUUUGUGGCAAAUUAAGAACUUAAUCCCUCCGUCGAACCAUCUAUUUUAAUCACACAUAGUAAGACUCCUCACAACUUGUGUCCAUUUUUGUUUUUUUGUGUUUUCACUCCACCAUAUUUCAAAAAACGUUUAAAACAGAGAAAAAUAAUGAUCAUCAAGUCCUAAAUCUUGUACCAUCUGUGAAAGAUGAUCCUAAAUUACUCAAACAGUGAAAAGACUAGAUGAACAAUUCAGUUUUGAUUCCAAAAAAUCCAAUAAAAGCUUCAAGCUUUUUACAAAACUGCCUCAAAUGAUAGAUAAGCGUACAAUUACUAUUUAUUACCAACAUUGGACCAAAGGUUCAGCUAGAGCAGGGAUGGGCAAACGACGACCCGGGGGCCAUAUGCAGCCAGUUUAAUAAUUGAACCUGAUCUGCCAAACUUUAAUACAUUUUAUUGAUGAUCCCUAAUGUUGUUUUAGUUUCCUUGUAGUUAUGAUGUCCUAUAGAUGGUGCACUACCAAUACGUUGACCUUUGUUUAGGUGCAGAUAGUUAUUCUGCAUUCUUGUGCGUUUUCUGCGUCUGACGGUCAUUUUUCCGAUUGUUCAAACAAAACAUGAACGCAGUAUUUCUCAAAGGGUGUAUUCAGACACAUUUAGUCCGCUUUGAGUAAACUAGAGUUCGUUUCCUCCAACAAAAAUUUUAGUCUGAAUAUGUCAAGAGAAAUCUAGUCAGGGAUCAUCUUUCGGUGUGAUCGCGGUUUGUUUCAAAUCGGACUGAACUUCUGAAUACAAUCUGCUCUAAGAGCGAAAGAAUUGAACCAAAACGGCCACCGUAGCCGGUCAAUAGCGGACAAACCUGGAGUAGUGAUGCAACAGCAGCUCAUUAAAACAGCUUUUAACAUGAUAUGCUUGCUUUUACAGACAAUGUAUCUGCCAUAAACACUUAUUACCGUACUUGUAUCCGCGGCGUCCAUGGUAAACCGCCUUGCACAUUGCCUCCGCUGUACCAAAGUAGCAGUAAAAAAGUCUCGUACCUGACCUUCACACAGAUGUUCAAAAUUGAUCAGUAAAAUAAAAAGUUUGAAUAAGUGGACAGUGCUGGCAAGGAUUUACAAACCGCAGCAUCUCCAUCUUUGUUUUUUUGUUUCAACCCGCCCCCGCAACUGCUGGCCAAUGACUGAAGAGAUCCUUAAUCACGUGAUUUUGUUUACAAGUGUUGGUCCAGAACAGACAUCUUUGGUAGACCCAAGUCUGGAUACAGACCAAACCCAAGUUUAGGACACGAUCCAGAACAAAUUAAGCGGACCCUCGUAUGAAAAAUUAUUUUUCCAGUGAGAAUACCCCCUAAGUUUGUAUUUUCCUCUGAGGAACAUCAACCGAUUGACUCAAAAAUAAUAAUAAUUAAAAAGAAAACUCCAAAAUGUUCAGUUUUAAAAUAUAUCUAUGAUUUUUUUAAUCAAAUUAAAGCACAUUUUCAUUAUUCAUUUUUCUUAUGAAAUGGAUUACCAAAACCAACCAUUCAUUUUCUCCUGGUCCGCCCUACUGGUUUAGUUUAAGAAGACUCUGUGGUCCACGAUUAAAAAAGUUUGCCCAUCCCUGAACUAAAGAGUAUAGCAAAAAUAAAAGGGAUCCCAUUCAUCCUAUAGUCUAGACUCUGUUCAUGGUUUGAUCAGAGAAGUUAACAGCUUUCAAAAUGACCUUGAAACUAUUUAAUGCUGAUUUCUCCUCUCAGGCUCUUUAAGCGUACUGCGUGAGUAGACUCAGGAUAUUGUGUUACACUCCCCAUCAUUCAUCUGCAUUUUUCUUACCUUAAACCCUCAGGAAAACCACAGGUGUUAAGAUCUGGUAUGACUAAUAAAUAUGAGGUAAAUUGGACUGGAAAGCGACAGCUAAGAUUUUCAAGUUUUCACAAAAAAGUUCCCAAAAGUUUACUCUGAGCCAACCAUAAAUACAACUUUUUGUGUAUGUAAAGAUCCCUGUGUCCUUCGUUUCAGAACUCUUCGUGAGCUUUCUUUUUAAUACUCGUAAUACCUUCCACUACACAUGAACAAACUUUAAAGAAAAAUAAUCACUCCUCUGUAUGUGGAGAGUAAUGUGGGGGAUUUUCAGGCAGUAGGCACAAGACCAAACCACUGUGAGACAUAGAGUGGUGGAGCUUAGCUUUCAGAUCUUCAAAAUGUCAGUUUUUUUGUAAAGAUUCCUAUUGGCAUGUGCUUCCAUUGUAUAUAAUCUAAACCGUUUCUGUUUAUGUAAAAAUUUGAAAUUUUUGCCAGUUUCUGCCUACAUUGUUUGCCAAAUCCCCAUUCAAAUUAGACCAAACCGGUCCCUCUUUAAGUACUUUCAGUUCAUUUCUUAAGGAAUAUUGCACAGGUGUAGAGGAUGUGCAUGGAGAGAAAACGGCUUCAUUAUUGAAGACUGAAAAAUUAACCAUUUCUGUGAUCAGACAAUGGGAACCCAAUGUUCACGAUGGCCUCUUUACUGGAGUGCUGAUUCAGCAUCGGUGUGCGCUAGAUGAGGAGGAACCCCAACGCAGUCUCGUUAAUUAGGUGACCCACGGAUUAGUCGGGCUUUGUACACACGUUUAAUCCAAACACAAGAUCAAAUCGGAAUUGUUCGGAGCCACUGAAUUAUUCCGUGUUUGCCUUCCUUUCCUUUUGUGCCGUGUUUACUCUGCAAAGGCUCCCUUGUGUUGAUUCAUUUUGUGCCAAAUGAGCUGUAACCAUCAGUUUCUUGCACAAUGGACCCAUUUUCUGUGGCUUUUGAAAAACCUGAUAGUACAAAUGUUAUGUAGGCUACUAAGCAAAACACGACGCAUUCACUCCGAGGAUGAUCCAUCUUCAGAAACCCGUCCAAACUUCCAUGAUUGCUUCCUUCCAACCUCCCGCCUCCAAAGGGAAUGUUUAGUAAAGUUUUGAAUUUUUCCAGCCCCUCUAACCAGAAUGUUCUAUAUCAUGAAGUAUGUCAUCGUUGACAAGGAAAAAUAUUACAAGUAGAGAGGUUUGAAAGAUGAAAGGAUGGAGUGAGUGGUUCCUUAAUUCCUCACACGUGCUCAACAGAAAUUAUUAUUCGCUGAAGGUCCUGUAGCCUAUUUCUCCUAGUGCUUCCUUUUGAUCUGCAUACUGCUUAUCCUUGCUGGUAAGAGUGGUUCAGCUCACAACCUCACUCAUAUUUAAUGCAUUUGGAUUCCGUCCACGUUAUCACACGUUUUCUUUAGAGUGUAAAAGUGUUGAUUCCUUUUUUUAAAAUCAAAACUGAUGCAUUAAAUCAGUGGUUUCAUUUUUCUGUUUAAUGUCUUAAUUUGUUAUUUUUCUUGUCACUUGUUCAUUUGUGUAAAAAAAAUAAUUGUAACCAUGGACACCAAACAAGCUUUACAACUAUGUAAACAAAAGGAGAUGAGUAUUUUUAUAGUCGACACAUGAUUAAAUAAUGAAUUGCUUUCUUCUCACUAGUACCUUGCACUUACCACACGUACUAAAGGAGGAAUAUGUCCAAAUACACAGUAUUUGUGAAAUAAUGAAUUUCCUUGCAGGUUAAAUGCUCCAGUUUUGUACAAUAUACAUAUAUGCUGUACAGUAAAGACAUUUUAAAACUACAAAACUCUUUUAGAUAUACUUUAUUUAUUUUUAACAUUUUGUAAUUUAGACACUAUACUGUAGCUUCAAUAUUGCCAGACUUACUGGAAGUGCCUAUAUUGGUAUUAUGUAUCAUACAGUGAAUAUAUUUGAAGAUCAUUAGACUUUGUCACAAACUGAAACAUGUGGAUGUUGUAAUGUGAAUACAAUGAAUUACAAAAUUACAAUUCCUGUCGUA